CUGUGCCCGGGCGUCAUCCCUCUAAAAACGGACAGACGAACCCGAGGCCCCAAGUCGAAAAACUACGGCGCGCGCUGAGGCUAGCGCUCUCGAACCCUUUUUUUCCGAACAGCCGCCGACCGACGAAGCUAGACGCACGCACUCCGACGAGGGACGUUUCGGCAUGAAACAGUGGUCACUCCUCUGACCACGAGAUCUCUCUGCUUGCGGAAGCUUCGAACUUCUCAAAAAGAAGACGCGACUCGGCUCCCCCCUCGCGCCAGAGUUGGCCGCGUCAGCAGCGACGACGAGAAAAGAGCAGGCAGCAGCAGAACGACUGGCAACGCGUUCCUCUCUGAGCGAGACCAUGGCGUUCCAGAGGCCAUUCCUCAUCAUCCUGAAGCGUGAAGAGGCCGGCCAGCCCUGGGGAUUCAGGGUCUCCGGUGGGGCAGACCUGGCUACGCCCCCCAGGGUGGACAAGGUUGUCGACGGGGGUCUUGCGGCGCUGCAGGGAAUGCACGAGGGUGACCUCAUCAUACAGGUGGGGAAGCACAACGUCCAGGAUCUGACCGAGACCCGCAUCAACUCGCUGCUCGCACAGCCUGCCAAGAGGCUCGAAGUCUUCAUCGUCAGAGAAGACUUUCUCCAGAAGCCGAGAAAGGGCGAGCCCUCGACAGUGAAGGCCGUUGUACACAACCAGUACAACUCGCCCCUGCAGCUCUACUCGCAGGAAAAAGUCGCCGAGACUUUGGCCUAUCACGCCCAGGCCAUCACCGCCGAGGACGGGGUCAACAACAUCCAACCCGUGGGGCUGCCCCAGAACCUCGUUCGCUCCGCUGUCCUACAGGCUCUGAGCGAAGACGACAUUGGUGGAAACCCAUAUCGAACCGCGAACGGGACAACUGCAGUGCAGAGGACUACUGCUCCUCCAACACCUCCACCGAAACCGCGGCCUCCAUCUUAUAGCGGAGGACCGCCGCAACCAGAGAGGCCGUACUCUUCGUCCGGGCACCACGUGACAUUCUCCAACCCGGGAACUCCCGGCACGCCACCUAUCCAGCAGCAUCACACCUACAUACCACCUCCACCACCACUGCAUACCUACCAGCAGCCUAGCUACCAACAGUUCAGCUACCAACAACCAGCUUAUGAACAGCAGCCAGUUUACCAUCAACAACCAGCCAGCUAUCCGGUGCAGCACGCGCGGCAGAGCAGCUACGAAGAGGUCGAUCAGCGUCAGCAGCAGAUUCGGGAAGCCGAGUUGAGGCAGCGUCAAUACGAGGAAGAGCGGCUGCAGCAGGCGCAGUACGAAGAAGGGCGCUUCCGCCAGCCGCCACAGGACUUCCGGCGUGUCGAGUUUGAGGCCGAGCAGAGGAGGCUUCGCGAAGAAGAGGAGCGCCGCCGACGCGUGAUUCAGGAGGAAGAGAGCAAGAGGCGCCAGGAGGAGGUAUUGCGCCAAAGGCGACUCGAGCAGGAGGAGCAGGAGCGCCAGCGGCGUCAGGAGCAGCAGGAGUACGAGCAGUACCAGCAGCACCAGCAGCAGUACCAGCGAUACCUCGAGGAGCAGAAGCGUAGGGACGAGGAGCUGAGGCGGAGGAACUUGGAGCAGAAUCAAGUACAGCAGCAAGAAGCCGCCCGCCGCCGGCAGCUCGAGGAGCAACAGCGAAGAGCGCAGCAGCAGCAGCAGCAGCAGCAGCAGCAGCAGCAGCAGCAGCAGCAGCAGCAGCAGCAGCAGCAGCAGCAGCAGCAGCAACAACAUCAGGUGCGCUUCCAGAACGCCCAGCGGGAACCGCUGAACGUGCAGCAAGCCCAGCAAGAGGCCCAAAGGCGCUUUCAGCCAAGUGCAGCUGUGGCCAGCUCGCCCCAGCACCAGGAGCAGGUGGGCUCUCAAGCUCAGCGCUGGGAGACUAGAAUCUGGGAGGAACAGCAGGCCAGGAUGCCCGGCACACCACUAGGAUCGCCCACCGUCUCACGCCGGGCGCGCGACAACGUGUGGCCGCCAAAGGAAUCGAGCGUGCGAUGGACUCCUAAGACGGGAUUUUCUCCGCAACUGACACGUCAAAGUUCGCAGGGCGCCAAGCAGUUCGUGUGGCCACCGCCAAAGUCCGGCGUGGCCAAUGGAGAUGACGGCGGCUUCCCGUAUCGGCCUCCGAGCCGCUCGGCCGUGAACGCGUGGCACCCGCCACAGUCGCCCACGUCGGGCUCGCGGACGCCGCCGUUCGCGCGCUCCCCGUCUCUGGGUCGCCGCACGCGCGACAUCGCCUGGCCGCCGCCACAGCCCGAGGCGUCGCCCAAAUUUGUGCCGCGGCCCGUGAGCCGCAGCGGCCUGCACCGGCCCGACGAGUUCAUCCAGCAGAACGCCAGCUGUGGCGUGCCGCCCACCUACAGGCCACCGCCAAAUUCCUCCCAGUACCUGUAGAUCGCCUUUCCUCGGAGCCGCGUAGGGUUCCCCUACGUUCUCCCACCGUACAGGAGAUGUGCGGGAACGCUACACAACACCUCCACGCCCUAACACUGCGUGCCGUCCCGUUGUUCCCUCCGUUUUCCCUUCGCGCACACACGCUUGCUCCUCAGACCACGGCCUCUUUCGCGUAAUUUUUAUGCUCACGCUAGUUGCCGAGCUAAUCUUAAUGAGCCAUUUUAACAACACAUAUUUGUUCAUUCGUCUUGGGUGAUUACCAGUCAGAGACUCGCAGCAUGAAUUUUCCUUGCGUGUGUUCAUGUCAUAAACUUUGCGUCAGUGAUUUAAUUAAAGGUAACGGCGUAUUGGGCUAUAUUAGAGCUGGAGGCCGUGGUCUGUGGAGCCGGUUAACACCCCGACGUGGUAUGCUAGAUAAAAUAUGGGGAGUGUUUAGGUACGUGGCAUUCCUGGUGCAUGUUCUUCUAACGUUCUUGGGUAUCUUUUUUUUUCCUUGAACUAAAGACAGCUUUCUUGACCGCCUGCUCGAAACUAUAAGGCGUGGUAGCGAGAAACAGUUGAUAAAAAUACAAAUAAAUUACUAGCAUGAAGUUUACACAAGUAUUAAUUGAAAUGAAAGAAGAAAGCUGCCAGGUUGACGCAUUUAGAAUAUGCUCAGCUGCAAAUGUAUGAUCCAUCCGUGAACAGGAUAGUAAACAACAUGCGGCGAGAACUUGCACCAGAGAUGCAACUUUUUUUUUGUUUUCGCGCGGCACACACACAUUUGAUAAACAGGCUGCAAAGAAUUGGUGGUAAUCUUUAUCAGACCGAGAAACUAAAAGGGGAGGUUGUUGCCGACGAGCUGAAGGAGAUACAUCAUGGGCAGCUGCACCGCGGGACUUGUUACAUUUUACAAUGUCUUUUUUUUAGAGAGACUUUCUCGAGAAGUUCGAGUUUUUCACUACUUAUUUAAGUUUGUCUGUGUUAUGUAAAGCCCGUCCAUUCGCGGAUCGUACAUGCGUUCUCCACCAUUGCCCGGUAGGCCAUUUGUUUUAUUCUUAAGUGGAAACCAAUUCACAGAGCACCGCUUACGCAUGGCUGUUCGUGGAAAAAAAGAAAUCAUUUUUUUAUAAUUAACAAUAUACGAGAUGAAAAGCUUUUACAAACUACACGCGCGUACACUUUAAAAGAAAAGCUGUGAUAAGGUACCGAAGGGCAAAGUGUUUUCACAUUUCGAGUGCCAAUUACAUUUUUUUGCCAAGGUGGCUUGAUGAACUAACAUCUAUUGCCCUCCGUCUUCUGUCUAGGAUUAUACAACGACGCAGCUGUUUUUACUCUGCACAUAUUCUGCCUCAACAUUUACUAAAACAAACAAACGCAUACUAACACUGACUCAGGAGCAGCGGGCCACAGAUCACGCCUUUACCAAGCGGUGUGCUGUCCUUGUUAAAGGUAAAUAUCAUUCGUUCCCCCUCCUAAAUCGCAAUAAAAAGACCGUUUGCCGAAAAGAGCGAAUGGUUCUUGUUCUUUUUGUUAAUUUUUUUUAAAGUAACGUAUAGCAAGGUAACGUGGGACAAACUCUACUUAACGCACAAAAAACAAUUAAAACUUCGCUGUUCUUUAUAUUUCAUAGCAAACAGCUGUUCUUUAACGCCUUGUGAUUUCUUGUGGCCCAUGAAUAUCUUUGCAAGACUGAUGUAUGGUGUUAUUGCGAGUGGUAUAGUUUUAUUUUUGUGAAUAUUUCAGUAAAGUACUUGUUAAAACUAAUAGCCAAGUGUUAUAUAAUGUGCGUGUUUGUGCUUCGCUUUCAAAAAAUGAAGAGGUUGGUGCUUUGCAUAGAGAAAGCUACACACAAGCAAAUAUGUAGGGCGAAAAAAAAAA